GCUAUGCAUAACUAAAGAGACGUGACAGAAUUGGUAAUAAUCGAAAUAAACACUUACUCUCAAUUUUACAACAUGGGUUGUUUGGCAUAUAAAAUUGUUUGAAUUCUGUUCAAGUACGAGAUGGAACGAGAUAUCUGCGCACUGAUCAAUACAAUGUGCGAUUGUGAAAUGCAUGAUUUAAUAACAAUAUAGCUGAAAUCCUUUGUUGAGCACGUUUCGUAAUACGAACGCGAAGACGCGAUCCAUCAGCCAGCUGACGCAUGGGUUAUUCGAGCAAAUUAUAAUCACAGUUCUAGUAAUUGGUCGGUAACGUUGUGACGGAUCGGAAACCGUGGUGAAUAGGUUCGAAGUUAAUGAGUUUGGCAAGUCGUUAAUUUAGAGCUGGACCAGUGAAAUACACAAUAGCAAUGCGCACGAUCAUCGCCAUAGCCAUCAUGAACCUCGCAGAGGCUUUCCUAAGCUGCGCAGACGUUUGCAAAUCACAAGGACAAACUGCAGGGCAUCUAGCAUGCUUUUGUUCCCACGAAAAUACAGUCCGACGUAACACUUUCAAUAAGCGACAUACGGGAGAAGCUUUAAUAGUAGACGAUAGUCCCAUUUUUUAUGAACCACUAGAAUUGUCUCCUUACAGUGUAUCCUUUUUAGAACGACCGUUUUAUUUACUAAAUCCCACUUCAUCGCUCAGUCAAAACCAAAAAAAUCUUAAAUUUAAGAAACUUAAAAGAUCUAACAAUCCUAAUCAGUUUGAUUUUGCAAAUAGCAAUCCAAUAAGAAAAUCAAAAGGAAUGCCUCAAACAUUAAUCUCAUCAACCGAAAUUGUCCCUCUUUACUUGGACAUAGAUGUUAAUACAAAUGAUAUGCAACGAUCUUCAGAUUUAAUAACAAAAGACAUUGAAAACGUCGAAGAGUUAGAAAAUAAUUUGAUGGAUUGUAUAAAUUUACAUAUACUCAUCGAUUUGGAAAAAGAUGAUAAGUAUAUUAUUAACUCUAAAUACAUAAAAAAAGACCAAGUUAAAAAAUAUCUUGGUCUUUCAGAUUCAGAACUAAUGGUUGAAAUUCGAAACAAGUGUGCUCAGCCAAACCAAAUAAUUGAAACUAAUCUUAAAGACAUAAAAAAAAUCUUGACAAAAAAAUCUUUAGGUGAGCGCAGAUAUAAAGAAAAGGAAACAAACGCGAAUAAUGAAAAUGGUUCUCACAUACGUGAACACCCUAUGGUUCCAUCGACCAGAAGUGAAAACGUAAAGUCAUCUCCAAACAGCUUUAAUAAUGAAGAAAAAAAAGGAUUAUAUGAUGCUAUAAUAGAUCAAUAUAAUCAAAACGGUAUAAUUCCAGUACCAGAUGAUCAAUUGGUUAAACUGUUAUUAAAUAAAACAGAUCAGCCACUCAAAACAACUGAAUAUGGGGAAGAAGAUAACAACGUCAUAACUACUUCUUCCAUAUCACCCGUAGAAGAAAUACACAACUUAUCUCACACAAACUCUUCCCAUUUUUCAGGAAACAUAAUAUUAGAUUAUAAUAAUACACAAAUCAACAUAACAAAUGAAUUAAGUACUUCAAGUGCUAAUGGGAACUCAGAUUUUUUUAUUCCACAGGACACUAAGGAAAAAGUUUUAGAUUUUAGUAAUGAACUACACAAUAAAACAUUCCUAAUGUUAAAGGAGAGUAGUAAUGAGACAAUAUUUCAAAAUACUAAUCAGCACCUGGACCCAGAUUCAAAAAUACCAAAUUUAAAUAAAAUGUCAUCCAUUCAACCGAUAGGGGAACUAACGUCCUCAAAUGAUAGCCCAUACUCAACCAGCACAGAAAAUUAUUUUGACUUAGGUACAAAGCAAAAUAUUGAUGCUGAUAGUGAUUCAAAUGUGCAAAAUCUGGUAGCAGAUUUAGGUUACGUCGAAAGUCAGAAAAAGUCACCGAACUUAAAUAAUGGAAAGUCUGAAAUUAAGGUAAAGACCUCUAAAAAUAAUUUCCAGAAUCUAGAAAGUACACAAUCAUCGUCAACACCGAAGGUAAUCCUUGACAGUAACACUCUUCGAGAUUCAGUUCAGAAUGAUACAAGAUCCAUGGGAUUGGAAAAGCUCUUUGCAAAUGAUCAAGUAACAUCAUCCACAGAUGAAUAUAUAACGAGAACGAAAACUGAUAACUUUGUUACAAAACUGUUAAUUAAACCUAAUAAUGCAACUCAAGAGAAACAAGAAAAUACUGAAAAUCUGAGCACCACACUUCCAAUUAUAACUCGGUUAAUACUUGAAGAAAAUGAUAUAAAUAUUACAAGAGUAAGUAGUCGAGAAUUUAAAAAUGAUAGUUUAAUAAGUGAAAUACAGGGUACUGAGACAUUACCAAAUAAUGAUUUUGUGGGUAUCAGUAAAGAAAUACUAGAAAGCACCACAGACCAGAACAUUUUUAAAAUUAACAAUCAAGAUGUUGAACUAGCAAAUUAUAAUUUGAUGGAUAAUAAUGAACCCGAAAGAACAACAUUUCCCAGUGAAUUCGAUUUAAAUAAUCAAGGUAUACUUGAAUUACCAAAUAAUAAAUUUAACGAUAAAAAUAAAGAAGAACUCAAACGAACUACAGAUCCCGUCGACUAUUCGGAUGAGAACAAAGAAAUCUUAGGAAAUACCACAGAUCGUACUAUUUUAGAAAUAAAUAGUUCAUAUGGAAUUGCCUUGGAAAAUAAUGACACUAUAGGCAACAACACAAAAUCACCGGAAAUAAUCACAGUUCGCAUCAAUUCCGGAUCUAAUAAACAGGAUGUCAUUGGAUUAGAGAAUAAUGACCCUUUGAGUGGAAAAACAGGUACACCAGAAAAUGCUCCACGUCGCUCAGAUUUCAGUUCAAAAAAUGGAGAUAUUGUUGGGAAUCUCUACCUUCUUUUCCAUGAACAUUCUAUACCGGCGAAAUUUGUUCAGAAUCAAGACGGGGAAAUUAAAUUUGGCAUCGACGGCAAAACUUUAUGUGAUAAAAUAGAAAAUAAAGGUCUAAAUGAUUCAUUAAUUAUUUCCGCGUUGUGUAAGUGCUCGAAGACCGAUAAGUGUAUGGAAAAUGUCUUUACAGAAAUUAGUUAAAUAAAUCUUAUGCUUAUCUGAAUGUUCUCAGUUUCUUUUUACUCUUUUUAAUAAUAUCCUGUAUCCUAAUGGAACCGAACUGAAACGCAUACAUAGCUAAUCGGUGCCUGUUGCGCGCCUGCAUAAGGCAGACUUACCCUACUACCUACCCGAUUUAAAAUUGGACAUCAGUCCAAUUUUCGUCUAAGCACGAACCAAUAACGCAUUCUACUAGUUUUCGAGUGCGAAAUGUCAUUGUCAAAUGUGUA